AUGGCUAGUCAAUGUUCCAAAAUACCUGCACCUUUUCGAACUCUAGCAUAUUGUGAAGGUGUUCAUUAUGGAACGGAACAAGAUUGGAAUUUAGUUUUGGAAUUAUUUAAAAAUGAAAUUGUUCAAGUAGAGAAGGAACGUUUACUUAUAGCGUUGGCAUGUUCUAGAGAUACACAUACAUUAAAAAUGCUUCUUACAAUGGCCAUUGAUGUUAACAAUACAAUUAUUCGUUUACAAGACAGUCCUUCAGUUUUUAAAUAUGUUGGAAGUAGAAUUAUUGGAAAGAAAAUAAUUUUGGAUUUUUUCUUUGAUAAAUGGCCAAUAAUUUAUCAAAAGUAA